AUGCGACCAAACUUCGAUUCCUCCUCCUCCCAACAUAACCCGCCCUCCUCCUCCCAACAUAACCCGCCAUAUUUUCCAACCAUGUGUCCCCCACAACAGCCGCAAUAUAAUUUGGGCGAGGAUCUUAACGUCAGUGAUUAUGAUUUACUGCAAAGUAUUUGGUCUCCUCCACAAGCUACCGCUCCUACUCAAGAUAAUCCUCCAUCAUCAGAUGCAACACAACAAAAUCCUCCGACAACAGAGACCGAAGAACAAUAUGGUUUUGGUCAUCGUGCUCCGCGACCGCGUCAUUGUUUUACCGGUACUCGUUUAGGACCGGAUCAUCAGCAUUAA